GGUCCUUUCAUAUUCAUUCGUAUAAAUACAGUUGAAAAAUCGAUUAGCAAUCAGUUGAGGUUUUUGAUCCAUACAAACAAAAUGUUGUCUAAUCUGUUCGCUUUUGCAGCCCUAGUGGCCACCUCCAUUGCCGUUCCAGUUGAACAUGGAGCGACCUCAUAUUCAACUUACAACCAAAACUACAACAACGUGCAACACAUCCAGUCAGCACCUGCUUUCGUGAAAGCGACUUCAUCUUACUCAGUUCCAGCGUAUUCGGCACCUACUUACACAAAACUGGCUCUGCCUGUUGCUCCAGUUGUUUCAUAUGCUACACCAGUCGCUAAAGUCGUCGCCCCAAUUACGAAAGUAAUCGCUCCAGUGUCCCACUAUGCGUCGGCUCCAGUUUACAAGGAAGAAUACGCUCCAGCGAAAUACGAAUUCGCGUAUGGAAUCCAAGACGCCCACACUGGUGACUUCCACUCCCAACAGGAACAACGUGACGGUGACCACGUCGUAGGACAGUACUCGCUUCACGAAGCCGACGGUACCGUGAGGAUUGUAAAGUACUCUGACGAUGGACACGGUUUCAACGCUGUCGUUGAAAAAUCCGGUCAACCCACGGAAGCUCCAGCCGUUUACAAAAAGCUCGUGGUACCUGUAGCUAAAGCAUUAGUAGCUACCCCACAGUAUCCAUACCACAACUAAGACGGGCAACUUCUAGAUAUUUUAAAUUAGGAAUUAAAAGAAAUUAAUUUAUUUUCGAUUUCGUUAAAUAUACUUUUGAAUCGUUUGCUCUUU